AUGGCGUCGCGCGGCCACCUGCUGCUAGCGCUGCUCGUGCUAUCCGCGGCGGCGGCGGCCGCGAGCGGCCGGCGGCACCAGUCGCACGGGAGCAAGGCGGCGUGGCCGCGGCUGAAGCUCGUCCCCGCGGCGCCGGACGCGUCCCUGUCCGACCGCGCGAGGGACGACGUGCACCGCCACGCUUACAUCCGGUCCCAGCUGGCGUCCCGCCGCGGGCGCCGCGCCGCCGAGGUGAGCGCGUCCGCGUUCGCCAUGCCGCUCUCGUCGGGGGCCUACACCGGCACGGGCCAGUACUUCGUGCGCUUCCGCGUGGGCACCCCCGCGCAGCCGUUCGUGCUAGUGGCGGACACCGGCAGCGACCUCACCUGGGUCAAGUGCCACGGCGCCGGGUCGACGGCGUCGGGCCCGCAGCAGCCGCCGCCGGCGCGCGUGUUCCGCACCUCCGCGUCCAAGUCGUGGGCGCCCAUCGCGUGCUCCUCCGACACGUGCACCUCCUACGUGCCCUUCUCCCUCGCCAACUGCUCGUCGCCGGCCAGCCCCUGCGCCUACGACUACCGGUACAAGGACGGCUCGGCGGCGCGUGGCGUGGUGGGCACCGACUCGGCGACCAUCGCGCUGUCCUCCGGCCACGGUGGCGGGGACAGCAGCGGCAGGCGCGCGAAGCUGCAGGGCGUCGUGCUGGGCUGCACCGCCACGUACGACGGGCAGAGUUUCCAGUCCUCGGACGGCGUGCUGAGCCUUGGCUACAGCAACAUCUCCUUCGCGUCCCGCGCCGCCGCGCGCUUCGGGGGCCGCUUCUCCUACUGCCUCGUGGACCACCUGGCGCCGCGCAACGCCACCAGCUACCUCACCUUCGGUCCCGGGCCCGAGGACCCCGCCGCCUCUUCCAGCUCCGCCGCGGCGCCCGCCGCGCAGACGCCGCUGCUGCUCGACCGUCGGAUGAGCCCGUUCUACGCCGUAACGGUGGACGCCGUGUACGUGGCCGGCGAGGCGCUCGACAUCCCCGCGGACGUGUGGGACGUCGACCGGAACGGCGGCGCGAUCCUCGACUCCGGGACCAGCCUCACCAUCCUCGCCACCCCGGCGUACAGGGCCGUGGUCGCCGCGCUCAGCGAGCACCUCGCCGGGCUGCCCAGGGUCACCAUGGACCCGUUCGAGUACUGCUACAACUGGACGGCCGCCGGUGGCGCGCCGGAGAUCCCCAAGCUGGAGGUGCGCUUCGCCGGGUCCGCGCGGCUGGAGCCGCCGGCCAAGAGCUACGUCAUCGACGCGGCGCCCGGGGUGAAGUGCAUCGGCGUGCAGGAGGGCUCGUGGCCCGGGGUGUCGGUCAUCGGCAACAUCCUGCAGCAGGAGCACCUCUGGGAGUUCGACCUCAGGGACCGGUGGCUCCGGUUCAAGCACACGCGCUGCGCCCUAUGA